AUGUUUGUGCCUGUGUUUGAUCCGCUUCCUCCGCUCUACUUUGUACGAGUUGUAUCGGAUCGAUGGCUUGGAUCAGAAACAGUGCUUCCAAUUUCCUUCCGUCAUCUUGUUCUGCCUGAGAAGUACCCACCUCCAACCGAACUGCUCGAUUUGCAACCUUUGCCUAUAUCAGCUUUGAACAAUAAACACUUCGAAGCAGUUUUCCAGGCUAGAGAUAUUAAAAUAUUCAAUCCUAUUCAGACACAAGUUUUCCGAACUGUGUACGAAAGUAACGACAAUGUGCUUAUUGCUGCUCCGAAUGGAUCUGGAAAAACAGCAUGUGCUGAAUUAGCUAUUCUUCGUCACUUCGACAAUAGCCCUGAUGCAAAAUGUGUAUAUGUUACUCCUAUGGAAGAUAUGGCUGUGAAGGUGUACAACGAUUGGCAGGAUCGUUUGGGAAUUGCGUUAGAACGUACUGUUGUUCUUUUGACAGGCGAACCCUCAACGGAUCUGAAAUUACUUCAACGAGGAAAGCUCAUUAUUGCUACUCCUGAAAGAUGGGACAACGUGUCUCGACGGUGGAAGCAGCGAAAAAAUGUGCAAGCUGUUAAACUUUUUGUCGUUGAUGAUCUGCAUAUGAUUGGAGGAACCAUAGGACCAGUUCUUGAAGUGAUCUGCUCCCGUAUGCGUUACAUGUCUGCGCAGCUUGACACAAGUGUUCGAAUUGUUGGCUUGUCGUCUUCACUGACCAAUGCUCGCGAUAUAGGAGCUUGGCUAGGUUGCUCGGCUGCUGCAACCUUCAACUUCCUUCCGAACACACGACCAAUUCCGCUGGAGUUGUAUAUUCAGGUGAAUUACUCUAUCAAAUUUCAUUUGGCAUUAAUUAAGCUUCUUUUCUUUCAUAAGUACACCUUGAGGUACGAAGAGUAACA